AUGCGGCCUCCCCUAUCCUACCACUCAAACAUGCGCCACAGAAUGAUACCUCGCAGGCUGCUCUUCCCUGCCGACUUCCAGCUACCUCCUCGCACUUCCUCCUCCGCCAAACAUUCGAAAACCGAACCGCAGACAGCCUAUGAUGCGUGGCUAGAAUCCAGACAGAUGCCUGGGCAACCAGGAGUGUUUCUCGUCCCCGGUGCUCCGCGACCUUUGACCUGGGCCAAUGUACGACUCGCCCUUUUCAUCACCCAGACAUGUACAACGGAGUUUCUGGCCGUUCUCUGGCGCUUGAAUCCACUCAGAACGACACUCAUGAUGUCCCUGAAUAUUGUCCGGAGCCUUUUCCCAGCUUUUCGAGGGUACUCCCAGGCUUUGAUAGUUGACGAGCUUCAGACGCUGAUUGCAUCAGAGAGCUUUACGUGGAGUCGACUUUUAUAUCUCGUAUCAACAGAGGUUUUCAGAAGAGUCGUCGAAGGGUGCUUAGACGCUUUUGCAGCAUCCAACGAGACUGUCGUGUUGGGUUCCGCUCGCUUCUACAUCGAAUACAAACAAAUGGAACAGCGAGUGCGGCUUGAUGUCCCUACAAUGGCCGACCCAACUGUCCGCUCUCUCCUCCAAGAAUCCGACUUGUUCGCACGUUCCUUCACUGGGGGAGGAUUUGGGAUGCUUUCUCCUCUCGAAUUCAUCCACGUCUUCUCCCUCAUGACCGAAAUCUGCUCUCACCUCUUCCUCAUUGCCUCACUUACCCGCGGCAUGUCCCACAUUGGCAUCCUUCUUCUUUCAGUAUUCUCGACUUUGCUUCCCGUUUUCUUAUCCUGGUUUACCUGUUCCCGCGACCAAGCCGAAUCACCCACAAGUACGAAAGAAGCACGAGCUGCUGACCGUCAAGAGCGCCUUCGAAACCUAGCCUACAGCGAUGCUCACAGGCCUGAGAUUGCGCUUUUCGGAUUAGGAGACUGGAUCCUGAAGUCGUGGUCCAGUGCCAGGAAAUUUGUUCUAGCAUCGGAACAACCCCUAUAUGCACGAAACAUGUCAGUUCUUGACCAAUUCAAUCUUAAUGAACUUCUUUCUGCGGUCCAAAAUAUCCCUUUGCUCUUGGUUUUCCAGAGUUCCACCACGUCGCUCGGGUCUCUAACCGUCUACCGCAGCUCUAUACGUAGUGUGGUAUAUGCCUUCGGGAAUUUGGUAACGACCAUCAAGAUGGGCUUUCAGGGAGUCUUCCUGAUGUCCGCAUUCACGGCGAGUACCAAGCUAAGACCGAAACUGAAUCCAAGACACGAAGACACCGUCCAUUACACACCAGUUCCCGGUGGAGUUGAUAUUUGUGCGAAGAAUCUUUCCUACACUUACCCAGGUUGCAAUGAACCCGCUCUCAAGAAUGUGAACUUCACUCUCGAAGCAGGGGAAAUGCUGGCAAUCGUAGGCUACAACGGUUCAGGCAAAUCAACUCUCGCAAAAUUAUUGCUGCGUAUUGUGGACUAUGAUAAAGGAUCCCUGCUUGUUAACGGCGUCGACAUCCGGCGGUACAACCCUGCGGAGUAUCACAGUCAUCUCAGCGCGAUAUUUCAAGGUUUUUCCAAGUUCAGCAGCACAGUCAAGGAAAAUAUUGGCGUCGGGAAUGUAGAGAAGAUUGGAUACAAGCCGGCAAUAGAAACAGCCGUGCGCCUCGCAGAGGCCGAGAAUCUCGUCAAGUCCCUUCCGAAUGGGCUGAAGACGAUGCUUGAAACCCCUGGCCACGAAGCCAUAUCGUAUCCAGGAAUGCUGUCUCCUGAAGACACGAGACAUCGACACGGCCUCUCGGGUGGCGAGUGGCAACGAAUUGCUCUUGCACGGGCGUUUAUGCGGGCGAAUGAACCAGGGGUCGACUUCUUAUUAUUUGACGAACCUACAUCUGCCCUCGAUGCACAUGCCCAAAAUCAGAUUUUUGAUACCCUAGAGAAGAUUUCUCGAACUCCUUCUGGGGACAGGCUGAAGACGAUCAUAUUUAUCACCCAUCGUCUGUCGACUGCGCGACGGGCGGAUAAAGUGGCCAUGAUGGAGAACGGGACCAUAACUGAAUUUGGCACACAUGAAGAGCUCAUAAAGAAGAAUGGGGCCUAUGCGUCCUUAUAUCGAGCUUUAGACCCUGCUGUAGAGUAA